AUGGUAGCCUGGAACAGACCUAGAAUAACAUUACUUUCAGUGGGUAUUCUCUUCCACCUUUUCUACUUAUGGUCCAUCUUUGAUAUUUAUUUUGUUUCACCAUUAGUACAUGGUAUGACUCUCUUUAAGAGUACUGAGACUCCGCCAGCCAAGAGAUUAUUCCUUAUAGUUGGUGAUGGUUUACGUGCCGACACCACAUUUGACAAUAUUACACAUCCGAUAACUGGUGAAAGUGGUUACCUUGCACCAUUUAUUCGUUCAAUUGUUCAAGAGAAAGGUACUUAUGGUGUGUCUCAUACAAGAAUGCCUACAGAAUCUAGACCAGGUCAUGUUGCCAUGAUUGCCGGUUUCUAUGAAGAUGUUAGUGCUGUGACAAAAGGUUGGAAAGAAAAUCCUGUUGAUUUUGAUAGUUUUUUCAAUCAAUCUACACAUACAUAUUCGUUUGGUUCCCCUGAUAUCUUACCUAUGUUCAAAGAAGGUGCUACUGAUCCUAAUAAAGUAGAUGCAUGGAUGUAUGGUCACGAAUACGAAGACUUCACGCAAUCUUCAAUUGAAUUGGAUGCAUACGUCUUUAGACACCUUUAUCAACUGUUUGAUAACACUACAACAGAUUCAAAAUUAGAUUUUCAGAUUAGACAAGAUGGGAAUGUAUUUUUCUUACAUUUAUUGGGUUGUGAUACAGCAGGCCAUUCAUAUAGACCUUAUUCUGCUGAAUAUUAUGAUAACGUUAAAUAUAUAGAUGAACAAGUCUCUAUUUUGGUGGAUAAAGUUGAAAAGUUUUUCGGCGAUGAUGAAACUGCAUUUAUUUUCACUGCUGAUCAUGGUAUGAGUGCAUUUGGUUCUCAUGGUGAUGGUCAUCCAAACAAUACUCGUACUCCUCUUGUUGCAUGGGGUGCUGGUAUCAACACUCCAAUAAAGAACAAAAUCCCGAUAUUUGAUAAUUAUACCGAAUCUUGGAAUUUAGGUGAUAUUCAGAGAAAUGAUGUCAAACAAGCCGAUAUUACUCCGUUGAUGUCUUAUUUAAUAGGUACUAACUACCCAGCUAACUCGGUGGGUGAAUUACCAUUGGCUUUCAUUAAUACCAAAGAUGGUGAGAAAUUUCAAGCUUUAUACAAUAAUGCAAGAAGUAUCUUGGAGCAAUAUUUAGUGAAAGAACAAGAAGUCAUCGAAUCACAAUUUAUUUAUACGGAAUAUUACAAAUUUGAAGAGAAAUCUCACGAAUCAUACUUGAACGAAAUUCAUACUUUAAUUGAUAAAAUCUCAAAGGGUGAUACUUCUUUAGAGCCUCAAGUAAUUAAAUUGACGGAGGAACUAAUGAGUAUUACUUUGGAAGGGUUACAAUAUCUGACUACAUAUAACUGGAGAUUGAUUCGAACCAUUGUUACAUUUGGAUUUAUUGGAUGGAUUGUCUUUUCCUUCGGAAUCUUCUUAAAAGUUUUCAUAUUAGGCAAAGAAAAUGAACACAAUUCGCCAUCAUUGUUGAAUAUGAUCCUAUUUGGCAGCAUGUAUUGUAUUUUGAAUUAUGUUCUCUAUUACCAACGUUCACCAUUCAAUUUUUAUAUGUACCUUUUGUUCCCAAUAUACAUGUGGAGCCACAUUUUUACCGAAAAGACUGUUCUUGUUCAUGGUGUUAAAAAAUUCUUCAAAUCUAUUUCCAAUACCGAAAGAGCGUUUAUUGCCAUCUGUAUUGUUGCAAUCUAUGAAAGUAUAGUGUAUGGUUUCUUCCAUCGUUGGAUUUUUACAUUAAUAUUUGUAAUCUUAGCAUUUUACCCAUUAAUUUGUGGCAACUGGAGUAUACUGACAAAUAUUGCAUGGAUAUUAACAAGUUUUUACAUUUCGACUUUCACAUUAUAUGAUGCUGUCAAAGUUGAAAGUUUGACUCAAAUCAAUUUAGCUGGUACAUUUAUUAUCCUGGGGUCAUUGCAUUCUAUCGGAAAAAUUGUCAAGGCUAAACAAGUUAGUUACUAUUCACUAUCUAUUUUAUUAACACAAGUCUGUCUUGUACCACUAAUGCUUUUUACCACAAACAAAUCCGUCGUUUCUUUACAAAACAGAACUGGUUUACCAAGAGGUGCACAAAUUUCCGGAUGGGCUAUCAUGAUAUUAUCAUUAUUCGUCAUGCCAUUUUUACAUUAUUUGAAACCAAGUAAUCAUUACAGAGUCAGAUUAUUAAUUAUCUUUUUGACCUUUGCACCAACUUUCAUAAUUUUAACCAUAUCUUUUGAAUCUAUUUUUUACUUUUUAUUCACCGGAUACGUUGUUCAAUGGAUAGAGAUUGAAACACAAAUUAAGAGACUUAAAUUAAAGGAUCAAGAAGAAAGUUAUGCUCAGUUGAUUAGAAUCUCAUUAAUUGGGUUUUUCUUAUUACAAGUUGCAUUUUUCGGUACUGGUAACGUUGCAUCAAUUUCAUCAUUUUCACUAGAUUCUGUGUAUAGAUUAAUACCAAUUUUUGAUCCUUUCCCAAUGGGUGCAUUAUUAAUGUUAAAAUUAAUCAUUCCAUAUAUUAUCUUAUCGACAGGUCUAGGUGUUUUGAAUUUGAAGUUAAAUAUCAAGGAUUAUACCAUUUCUACAUUAAUCAUCUCUACAAGUGAUAUAUUAUCAUUAAAUUUCUUUUACUUGCUAAAGACUGAAGGGUCAUGGCUUGAUAUUGGUGUUACUAUCUCAAACUAUUGUCUAGCUAUCUUAUCUUCGUUGUUUAUGCUAACAAUAGAAAUGGUAGGACAUAUUUUGUUAAAGAACGUUAUCGUAGAACAAGAAGUAGAACAGAUGAAAAAGAAACAGUAA